AUGCUGUCGUGCAGGGAUCAGCGGGAGCACGGCCUGUGCGACGCCAUAGCCAGACUCAACUCUGGGCUGCUCGACAUUACACAGUUGUACGGAGAGUUUGCCGAGAGAUACCAGCUUGCUGAGUGUAAACUAGCCAUCGUCCACUGCGCAGGACAUGUGGAUCCGGUGCUAGUGGAGACGCUAUGGAGAGAGAUUAUCGACCAAGAGAUGAGAAGUGCGGUGGGCAGCAGCACACAGACGGUGAUGACCACUCUCAGUAACCGACUGGUCAGUCUCGGACACCGCUAUGCAGCCUCCGACCAUUUCUUCCCUCUCGGCUACCUUGUGAAGCACCUGGAGCAGAAGAGCUGUCAGCUGAACCUGGACGCUCGCUGGGUCGUCAACACGAUGCUGGCGAUCGGCGUCAGCUUCCCCACACUGCUCACUGUCUACGACAAGCUGUACAAGGCCAAGGAUGCGUGCUGGCAGUCAGCGAGGAAGCCUCUGCACACUCUCACCGUGAUUAGCGAGCUGUUGGCGGCCUUCACAGACGCGCCCACCGCCGUCCCCGCACAGCAAAGGUGGCCGUUCGAAUCAGCAGCCUAGUCUGAUUGCGAUAGCCCAACUGGUCGCUCUGCAGACGA